UACAAUGUUGAGAAGUUGAUGCGACUGACAAAUGUUUUGGUUGUGAGUUCUUCAUGUGAUAAAGCGCAAGAUCUCUUAGUAGAUCUACCUGCAAUUUGUGCUUUCCUGUUUUUUUUAGAAGAAAAUGUCACAGACAGAACUAGAUGAAAUACAGCUUCAGCUGAAAAUAGCAAUACAGAACCACCAGAAAUUGGUGUCAAAGAUACAAUUGCAACCUCAGGAUCAUGAUCUAAAGACACAGUUACACAAUCUACAGAAAGAUAUAAUGACAAUGAGCCAGAAACAGAAAUUAGCUGUACAAAAGCUAAGAAAAGACUUGAUGGAAAGACAGUCUAAGAAAAAAAACAGUAACCAGAACAUGCAAAACAAUGAAGAGAAACUUGUUGACGCAGCACGAAAAAGGUCAAGUGUACCAGUGCAGCCAGUCUCGCCACUUCGUGUUCCACAGUAUCCCAGUCAUAAAUCACCCGGAUCUCAGGAAAGCAUUGACGAUCAAAAUAGACAGAAAUCUGCAGCCAGAACACCAGAGAAAAAACAACUUAAAAGCCAAGAUCCUUCCUUGGAGAGGGCAAGAGAACUGAAGAAGAAAUUGGACUUUAUGGCAUGCAUUGACCUUGUGCCUCCAGAUUCAAUCAGGGAUACUCCAGGAAAACGGUCUGAGAGAAAGAGGAAGAGUACAAACAAUCCAAACUUUGCGUAUGGCUUUGAACUUGAGAGGAGACCAAAGCUGACAAAUUUUUUGGCAAGUGAUUAUUUUGGUGCUAAGAAAACUAAACCUAAACCACAAGCUGCUAAAUCAGAAUGUACCUCACCCACAACCAGUCGGCCUACUACACCAUCUAGUCCAGAACAGAGGUCUGGAAACAACACGCUGCAUAACACCAAAGAAAAUAUGCCGGAAGAAAACCUAUGUCAUAUUUGUCAGCUUGGAGGUCAGUUGUUGAACUGUGAUACAUGUAGAAAUGUUUAUCACCUCCAGUGUUUGAACCCACCAUUAUAUACAUUACCCGCUGGACAGUGGUGUUGUCCAAAAUGUCAGGUAAAUCUUUUAUGUUGAUAAAAGUAUUUAGCA